GUGGAGGGGCAAUUUUACUUGGAAUAAAGUUCUGCUAACUAAUGGUGUUAAACAAGUGCCUCUAUUACAACGACGGCAGAUGUGUACGUGGAGAGCAGUGUUUGUAUUCAAACAGAAAAAAUAAGAUGAUAAGAAGGUCAAAACAAAAAAUAAGGUGCAUUCUGCCUACGUAUUUCUUUUAAUAAAUAUUUAAUUUACAAAGUAUAUCACUCCAAUUAGCGGCUCCCGUUCCCAGGGUGUGUUUUUGUAAUAAAUGGCGACCGUGACAGGACGGUGGCGGUGUACAACGAAAGGAGAACGAGAUUGUGAAAUCUGUCUGGUGGAAGAUGACGGAAGCACUAAAGAAACGACGUACUGUGGCCCGCGGUGCUUUUACUCGGGCAUUUACUGCAUUUAUGGAGACUGUUCAACCAGAACCACUUUAGACAUUAAGCGCAGUGCGUUUCAAUUACUGGAAAUACGGCUCAAAGAAUUAGACAUCACUCAAGAGAAUUAUCCAAAAGAAUGUUUCAAAGUCACACUCAUUAGUCUAACAGAAGAUCAAAUAUAUUGUGCUAGUGUUAGUGUUAUUUACGAAGAAAUCGUCAUUAACUUGGAUAGUAAGGAAAUGGGAUUCCCGUCGCUGUUAUCAGGUUUUGAUAACCCUAGAACUACCGCCAAUAUUUGGUGGAACUUGUAUUUGUAAACAUCAGGGCAAUGACAAAUUACAUAGUAUCAUUGCUUUGCGCGAUUGUUGCAUGUGUAUAUGCAGAAUAUACAACACCUAAACAAUAUGAGAGUUGCGUCACUCCUGCGAAGACCCCUGGACACUGUAUACCUUUUCGAGAUUGUUCGGAGCUGAUAAGAGUGUUUAAAACUCAUCCAUCAAGCCUAACAGACGCAUACUUAGGAAAUGCUCAUUGUGGUUUACAGGGUGUGGAAGAAAAGGUUUGUUGUUCUCUAGAAGGUAACGAUUUCGAUUUAGUUUUUGCACCAGAUACCAAAACGAACGAUGACACAACUUGGUUGCUACCUGAGAAAGACUUUUGUGGAAAACCGGCUGAUUACAGUCACGGCGAAUCACUAGAUGAAUUAUAUGAAUUUCCUUGGACAGCACUUCUUAAAUUUGAGAAGCAUGCAAUAUCGGUUUUUCAUUGUGCUGGUUCCCUUAUUAGCGAUAGAUAUGUUUUGACAACCGCACGCUGUUUGAAGCCGAGGUACUUGCCAAUUGACGGGGAGUUAGUGGGUGUCCGUCUCGGUGAAUACAAUUUGAACAAAGAAAUCGAUUGUGCCGGUACACCUCGGUACAGGACAUGUUCCGAAAAAGCUAUCGACGUACCAGUCGUAGAAACAAUCGCGCAUGAAGAUUACAACCCUAUGAACAAUUUCAACGACAUAGCGCUCCUAAGGCUGGAAAAAGAUGUCGGCUUUACAGAUUUUGUCAAACCCAUAUGCUUACCAAUUUAUCCGGACGUGGUAAACACAUCAUUCUCGUGGAGCUAUCUCACCGUGUCAGGUUGGGAAACCUCAAACCGGAGCAUUAAACGAAAAGCUAAUCUGUUCAUAUUACCACAUUGUGACGAUGCGAUUAAAUUAUCGGGUCUGCCAGCGAAUAUGUUACAACAACUUUGUGCAUAUUCUGCAAAUCGUAGCGAUUUUUGUAGGGGCGAUGGUGGUACUCCUCUAAUGUACUUUCAUCUUAGUGAAAGGUAUUGGUCACUCAUUGGAAUGAUGUCUUUUGAACAUUCAACUUGCGGCCCCGAUGUGUACACGCGAGUAACAAAUUACGUUCCAUGGAUACUGAAACACAUCAAACCCUGAUGUUUAUACAUUUUGUACAUUUUUCCGAUGUAUACUUACUUCUGAAUAAAAGGUUUCUAAAGGGCAGCUCUAUGGGCCCUAUCAGGUAACAAAUUACCACUA